AUGAAUAACCCGUUCCCUAGUAUCUUACCAAACAUAAAUUUCGACAUUAAAUGUCAGGAAAUGGAAUAUUUAAAUGAUAGUAUUAUAUCGGAAUCAGAAACAAUACAUUGUUUAAUCAUAUUGCAAAACGACAUUUACAGAGAAUCUAUCGAGAAUAAUGAUGUUGCUGAGGAUAAUUUGGAAGCUUCAAUGCCAAAGACUUUAGCCCGCCUGUUCCAAAAAGCUUUUCGAGCAGAGGCACGUCUACGAAAGCAAUCCAAGAAGAAAUUUCGUGUUGGUAUUGCUAUGGGAAGGCAUAUGAAGAAAGGCGGGUUUACUAAGGAUACUUUGCGUAAAAAGACUCAAGUGGUUGUAAAGAUUUUUUAA